AUGGCCGAAGAGAUUCACAAUCCGACCGUAGACUUACCGCGAGCCCUCGUCUGGCAAAUUCCCGUCGCAUUGGCAACUGGUGUAGUCUUCAUUGUACCUAUCCUUUUUACGCUACCUGAUAUUGCAACUCUCAUUGCGGUACCUGGCGGUCAACCGAUAGGUGUCACCUUCACUAUGAUAAUGGGAUCGCGAGGGGGUGGAUUUGGAAUGUGGUUUAUAGUUUUCAUCACUGGGCUUUUCUGCGGGAUAGCAGGCUCCUGCGCUACUUCCCGUGCUACUCGAGCGUUUUCGCGCGAUAAAGCCCUUCCACUCUACACCUUUUUCGCGCGAGUUUCGCCUAGAACUGGUGUUCCUCUCAAUGCUUACUUGCUUUCUACUAUUAUUCAACUUCUGUUGGGACUGAUCUACCUCGGUUCUCUAACGGCUUUCAAUGCGUUCGUUGGUGUCGCGGUUAUGUGUCUUGGAGCAAGUAACGCUAUGCCCAUUGCGAUCUCCUUGGCCAACAAGAGGAAAGACGUAGCAGACAGCCCUUUUUCCCUAGGAAGAUUUGGUGUCGCGCUCAAUGUGAUCGCAGUCGGGUGGAUCGCGUUUGAGAUUGUGCUGUUUUCGAUGCCGCCCGUUGUUCCUGUUACACCUGUUACGAUGAAUUAUGCAUCUGUAGUGUUUGUCGGGUUUGGCAUUUUCAGUGCGGUGUGGUACAUGAUAAGCGGACGACAUCACUAUACUGGCCCACCAGAAUUAAGCGGUUUGGUGGAGGUUGGACAAGAUCAGUUUGACACAGGUUCCCGAGGCCAGGAUAUUCUCGAGGAGGUAGUAGAAAAGUCCUAG